AUGAAAACUCAGCAAAAAGGAUAUAAGCAAAUGGUGGCUAAAGCUAGACUGAAAAGAUAUCGUCACUUCGCAGUAUCUUCAGAGUAGCUCAGUGUGUGGCGAUGGGUUGCUUAUGGGUAUCUCACUAACAAAUAACUCAAACAGACAAUACUCGAGUAUUUGUCGCGUCGCCUGGGAGUUGCCUCGUGUGAAGACGGCUUUAUUCUCUUAAAUUUUCAGAUAUGACUUCGUAAAAAAAAAAUACCUUAUAAUUAUUGUAAAUAAGAUAAAUAUUGUUUUUGUGAAUUUAAAAAUUCAAUCUACUCACGAGUUCAUACAAUUUCAAUUAAAUAAUUUACAUAUUAAUUGCACAAUGACAUAAAAUAACUAGGUACCCACCUAUGUUUAUAAAACUAAUUCCAUUACUUUUUUUUUAUCAAUAACUAAUAAGUUAGGAAUAGGUAGGUCAUCUACGGCCAAUACCAAUAUGUUUGUAAGUUUAACAAGAAAAACAAUAAUUAUUUUAGUUGUUAUUUGCGGUUAAAUAAGUAUAAUAAAAACUUUUUAGGUACCUAGUUCUUCUAACUAUUAUUAUAAUAAUUUGUAAUAGUUUUAUUCAAAAUAUAUAUUUUUGUCGCUCCAUUGUUUAAAAAAUACUGUAUAUUAGUAAUUGCAUUGUUCCUAUUAAAGAUAUUAACAUGAAAUGUUUUUAAACUUCUAUGAAAAUAAAUAAAUCUAAAAUAUCUACCAAAAUCUAUUUACAAUUUGUUCAAUAGAUUUUCAUUUAUAAGCUGUAUUUUUGGUGGAAAAUAAUAUAUAUCUGAAAUUCUUUGUCAAUAUUUAUAACCGUGAAAUAUACCAUGAUUCAAUUAUCAUAUGUUAUAUAUAAUUACUGAAUGGACUACGCGUUUAGUUUAAUUAAAUUAAAACCUUAAAUGAUAAGCAAAAAAGUUGAGAGUAGAUGUAGGUAGGUACCUGUAGUACCUACCUAUUUAGCAUUAUGUCUUAUGGUUAAAAUAAUGUAUUUUAUUAGGUAGGUACUAUGGAUCUGUGAUUAUAAAUAAUAAUAUGAUCAUAUUUUCUAUUUGAUCAAUAUACAACAACAACAAAAUAAAAUAUGCAUUUAUUAUUAAUAUUGAUUUAUUAAACGUCAUGUCCAAUUAAAAAAAAAAAAAAACUAGAUAUUUAAAUAGUAAUUUAUAAUUGACAAAUAACAAUUAUUAUGUACAGAAACAAAAUAAUAAUUGCUACCUAAUUAUACAUUAAUUGAGAUCGUUGAAUAUAUUGUUUCAACAACAGUAUGUGACUUGAUAUUCAAUAAAUAUCUACUUAGAUAGUAGGCCUCUAUCCAAAGCGCAAGCAAAUUUAAUUUUUAUUAAUUUUAUAACAAAAUAUCUAAUAACAUUUUUUUCAUCUAAAAUUUUAUAAAAAUAUAAAUUAAAAAUGUAUUAAAAAAACAUUCAAAUAUCUAUUUAUUAUACUGGUACUGGUACGAGCUGUUUCUAAAUUUGUAUGUAAAAUAUAAAAAGUAUGUACCUAAAUGUUUAAAUUCAUUUUUCUUGUAUAAACUGAAUGGUUUAUUUGUGUUUUAAAUUCAUCAUAGUUUUUAUUACAUUAUUAUAUAGGUAUGUAUGAUAGUGAGUUACGAUUACUUAUAGGAGUUGAAGUAUUUCAAAGACCGGGUAUCAUAGGUAGGUACCUAAUAGGUAUUUAUUCUUUUUAGAAUUUAAAUGAGAAAAAAUAAUCGGAAGACAAGAGCGCGGACUUAUAAAGGAUUUAGGAAGGUAGGUAGGUAGGUUAGACUGGAACCUACGAUAAAUUAUUGCAAAUGCCGAAUAAAUGUUCGUGUUUUUAGCAAAUUUUAUCAAACAUUGAUUAAUGAUGAAAACUAAAAAAAAAAAAAAAAAUAUUUGGCAGCCAUAUCUACGCUAAACUUUUUUGAAUUUAUUUGAAGAACAAAUGAUCAAUAUAGGCUACAUGUAAACUCCUACAAAAAUUACUGUUCUAGUUGUAUUUAAAACAUGGUGUAAUCUCCUACACAGGAUAUUACCAACUUUUGGAGGAGUUUACCAUUCCCCUCAAUAUAAUACUGACUGACAGACGACAGUAGCUCAUAGAUACUUGAAAGUUAUAGGUAGGUAUUUAUUUUAUAGUCACAGUGUUUUUUUUUGCAAAUUACAGAUGGUAAACUACGAAGGUCAUCUAUUUGUAGUUUGGGCCACGGUUUAUUUUAUGGUGUUAGAUGCUUACCUAUACAUAACCUACCAAAACAAUUUCACUGAUUAACAUAUUUCUGAUGAUUUUAUCGAAAAUAAUAAUUUAAUUUCACGUAUGCCUAGAAUGAAUAUGAAAUCCAUUUAAAAAUUGUAAUUAUAUUCUGUAUAGGUUUUUUUAUUCAUAAUUAGAUGCAAUAUUGUGUAUCUAACCGGAUAGGAUACUUAUGGGCAAUACCAAACUAUUGUUCCCGUUUAUUUUUAAUAAUAAGUACUUAAGUAGGUAUUUGUAUUUAUAAUUAUGGUGACAUACUGACAUAUCAAAAUUGCGUAUCUAACUUAGACUUUAACUACAAUUACAACUUAAAAUUGCGGUGUUGAAAUUCACAUUUAUUAUAGGUUAAACACAGGUUACACAAUUUAAGGGGAUUGGAAGAGGUGAUUACUGUCUCUUACACAUAUGUAACAUAGGAAAUAGGAAUUUAGAUGUGAUCUAUUUCCAACGUAUCGAUUAGUAUGUCUAAACCACAGGCCUAUUAAUCUAGGUUAAUAGGUCUAAACAUGAUGAUGAUGGUUUAAACAUGAUAUUUAUCUAUUUUAGAAAAAUAAAAAUAACGUGGUGCUUUCGAAAAUAUUGUCUUACCCCUUUCUUUUUUAAACUUUAGGUAUUUUUCGGUCAGCUCGACUACCAGGUGACUAGUUUGGUUGUCUGUUACCUGACGUGAUUUCGUCAACAAUUCGGGAUUUAUUUUCGUUUAAAAUCUGACAUUAGCUCGGUAACAAUAUUUUUGCCUUUUGGCCGAUGAAUGUAUAGGUAUGCGUUCAAAGUAUGGCUCGCUAUUAGUGUGAGCUCAUAACGUACUUUUACAAUUGUGACGGUUAGAUUCAAAUUAGAGUUUAAAUACAGUUAAAGUUAAAGUUUGGUACUUUUUGAUUAUCUCGACUAUAUCCGAUUAAGUUUCUUAACUGAGGGUUUUAUUUUGCCUCUAAUAACAUGCUUGUUAUUUCUACCUAUCCCAUUUGUUUCAUUGUUGAUGGUCAGAUUCUGUCAUUUUGUUAACAACGUCAACAGCUGAUUACUUUUUUUAUCACUUAAAUAACCUGAUAAUUUCAUUGAUAACCGACGAACACGCAUGCUAACGUUUACCUUUACAUUGUUUAUAUUUUCAAUUUUGUUUUCAAUUGGAUUUGGACAACGUUAAAUUGGCAUAUAUCAUAUUGUAUGAAAUUGUAGGUAUUAAAUUAUUGGAGAUAAGACUACUAGAGUAAUGCUACUACCUAAAUCUAUCUAGUAAAAUAUUUUAUUUAGAAAAUGUUCCAGUACAAUAAUGAUGAUUUUAUUUAUACAACGUCUUGGAAAUCAUUGUCAGUUCAAUCAAAAUUUGAUGAAAAGUUAAAAUGUUUGUGGCGAGAAAAGGAAGAAAAGGGAUUAUUUAGAUACACCUAUAAAAUAGAAAAGUUAAUCAAAUUACCUGGCAAAUAUGAAUUUCCCGCUGUUGUAAGUUUUUAAAUUAAAUGUUUAAUAAUUAUACAUUUUAAUGUAUAAGAUACUACUUUACUUAUAUAAUUACCCAUUUUUUUUUUUUUUAUUUAAUUUUCUGUAAUAAUUAUUGUUUAUUGAAGUUGAACACAGAUAGAGGUACAAAACGGCGUAAACCGAUUACAUUUGCUAGUGUGUUGGAACCUUUUAAUGAAGACUUAUUUAAUUUUACCAAAGUUAAUCCCGAAGAAUAUUUAUUCAAAUUUACCAAUGUAUCAAGCGAUUGUUUUGGUAAGAAAUUGCUAAUUUUAAUUAUAUAAGUUUGAUAAUUAUCAUAUAUUUUAUAGUAUAAAUAAUUUUGAGUAUCAAAUUUAUUUGAAUAGAAUUUGCACAAAUUUAAUCGUAAAAAUAACAAUUUAUUAUUAUUUUUUUUUAAAUUAAAAUUAUGUAUUUUUUAAGAUACAAAUGACACCUUAGCAAUAAAUGCUAGUCCGUUGGGAGAUUUCCAUUCAUUAAUUUUACCAAAAAUCAAUUGUAAAUUUCCACAAGUCAUUAAUGAAUGUGCUUUAAAUGUUUCAAUUCAGUUGUUACUCCUAAGUGCAUCACCGUAAAUCAAUUUUACUAUUUUAGUAAUUAUUUGUAAAUUAUAUAAUAAAUAUUCUAAUCAAAAAUUUUCUAGGACUAUACGUGUUGGGUUCAACAGUUUGUGUGCUUUUGCUUCAGUGAAUCAUCUUCACUUGCACUUGUAUUAUUUACCACAUAAAAUGUAUCUUGAAACUUGUGUAAGUUUAAAAAUGAUAAACGUGUAUAUUUUUAUUUACAUAUAGUUUGUAUUUAAACAAAACAUAUCACUGUAUUUAUUAAUUUGCAGGAUAUAGAAAAGUUGAGUGGUCCAUGUUAUACAAUUGUUGAUUUUCCUUCCAAAGGAUUUGUAUUCAUAUUGAAACCUAAUGAUCCGUUAUCUGAUUUUGUUAAGUAAAUUUACUUUUGUUGUGUUUAUAUUAAGUUGAUAUACAAUUAUUAUUUGGUUAUUUGCUAUAGAAAUAUUUAUUAUUUUUAGGGAAAUUUUUAUCUUGGUUGAUUACUUGCAAAAAAAUAAUAUUCCUCAUAAUAUUUAUAUAACACGUGCAUUGAACAAAGAUUUAAAUACCACUGAUUUAACUAAUACAAGAAAUUGCGUAAGAGUUUUUGUUUGGGCAAGAUAUCCAUCUGGUAAUUAUUAAUAUUUCUUGAACCAAUUUUUAAUUCAUAAUGAAAUAUAAAUAUACAUUUCCAGGUGAUAAAUGUAUGGAUAAAUUUGCUCCAGCAACUUGUGAGUUGUUUGGUCACUUGGUGUUUAAAGGUACAUUUGUUUAAACGUUUAAUAAAAAUAGUAUAAUUCAACUCACUACAGUGCUUAACAAUUAUAUGAUACAAAUUAUCAACUAUUUAGUAUAUAUCAACAACUUAUAAUAAAUAUUGUUUCAGAUAAAUCUGAAUUUUCAGAAAUUUCUGAACAUAGUGUGUCCCAAAUUCUUACUGAUGUUACAGAAUCUUCAUUUUUAUCAAUUGUAAAUGAUGUUAAAAAUUUGUACUUAAAUUUAUAA